AUGGCGUUCGAUGACAAAGACUGUAAUUUUCACUUGCAUAAAAAUUGCCCAAAAGCAGUAAGUCCAAGUUCGAAAAAAUGCUACAAGCCGCGUCUGAAGAAAAAUCGAGAUUAUGUUGCUGCUAGCAGCAUACCUCAUAACGAUGCGACUACGCCCGGUGAUAUUGGUUCUUUAGCAUUAUCAAGUGACGUCGUCGCUUCAUCGUUCGAGGAGUUAAAAGAUCAAAUCUUAUCCCUUCGCACGAUUAUUAUCGACUUCAAGUCAGAAACAUAA